AUGAUGGAACAGCUGUCCAAGAUCGAUGAUGGUGAUGAAGACAUUGACCUUCUCAAUUCACACUACACGAAUAUUAAGAGAAUUGUGUACUUGAUUGUAUCAUCCUUCACUUUCAGAAUAUUUGGAAUUUUGCUGACCUUUGUGGAUGUGUCCCUCAUCAUUACAGACGUAGCUGUCUCUGAUAGCACGAUGUAUAUUCCUUUGGAAUAUCGUUCAGUUUCUUUAGCUAUUGCUUUAUUUUUUUUCAUGGAUGUUUUUCUUCGAGUAUUUAUAGAAGGGAUACGACGGUAUUUUUCUGAUAUAUUUAACUCCUUAGAUGCUGCCAUUAUUGUGGUGACUCUACUGGUCAAUAUUGCUUAUAUUUUCUAUGACUUUAAGGUUCUUAAAGAUUUCCCCAAAUUGACAAUUAUUUUACGACCUCUACGACUUAUCAUUCUGUUAAGAGUUUUUCAUCUGGCUCAUCAAAAAAGACAUCUUGAAAUGCUGACCAGGAGGAUGGUUUCAGAAAACAAACGGCGAUACAAGAAGGAUGGAUUUGACUUAGACCUCACUUACGUUACUGAGCGUAUUAUUGCCAUGUCAUUCCCAUCUUCUGGAAAGCAGUCUUUCUAUAGGAAUCCCAUUAAGGAAGUUGUACGGUUCCUGGAUACCAAGCAUCAAAACCACUACCAAGUGUACAACCUCUGCAGUGAAAGAGCUUAUGAUGCUAAGUACUUCCAUGAUAGGGUCCAUCGAUACAUGAUUGACGAUCACAAUGUCCCCUCUUUGAGUGAGAUGGUGGCGUUCUCCAAGGAAGUAAAAGAGUGGAUCGCUCAAGAUGAGGAAAACAUCACAGUGAUUCACUGUAAGGGGGGCAAAGGAAGAACUGGAACUAUGAUCUGUGCCUACCUUCUUGCCAGUGAAAUAUUUGCAACCGCAGAGGACAGCCUUUAUUAUUUUGGAGAACGACGAACAGAUAAAUCCACCAGCAGUAAAUUUCAGGGAAUAGAAACUCCUUCUCAGAGCAGAUUUGUUGGAUAUUUUGCAAUGGUGAAAAAUACCUACAAUUUGACUCUUCCUCCAAUGAAAAAACUCACGAUGAAAAAAAUCAUUAUUUAUUCAAUUCAAGGUGUUGGAAAAGGCAAUGGAAAUGAUCUAAAAGUACAAAUAAUAAUGCAACGGAAGCCUGUCUUUUUCUGUUCUGCUUCCAAAAACUGUAAGAUAGUUCAUGAUGCUGAAACAGACAGAGUAAUAAUUAAUCUAUCCAACUGUCCACCUCUGUAUGAUGAGGUGAAAGUGAAAUUUCUUUCUUCGGAUCUUCCUAAAUACUAUGACGACUGUCCAUUUUUCUUUUGGUUCCACACAUCUUUUAUACAAAAUAACAGGCUUUAUCUUUCAAGAAGUGAAUUGGAUAAUCCCCACAAACCAAAAGCAUGGAAAAUUUACCGUCCAGAGUUUGCAGUCGAGGUAUAUUUUGAUGACGUUAAGUUGCAGCUGAAAUGUGUCGUGGCAGCCCAGGUUAUUUCCUUUAAAAUUCCUGCAGCUAUAAUCCGUGGAGGACAGAUCAGCGGGCAGGCCUAG